CCCCCGCCCAUCGCCAUGGAGACUCGGCGCCCGCCUCCCCAGGCGCAUCCCGGAAGCGGGAGUCAGGCGCCUGCGCGGACUUGGGAGGUGGGGCCCGGCGGGAGGCACCUGGGCAGGUUCUUCUCGGGAGGAAGAAAGGAGGCAGGGAGGGAGCGAGGGACGGACGGACGGACGGGGCCCCGCGAGGGACACACUGCCUCUGCUCCGCCGCCGCCGCCAUGCCGGCAGGGGAAGCUGCGCCUCCAGAAAUGGUAUCUGGCCACCUCGGACAAGGACAAGAAGAAGAUGGUCCGGGAGCUCAUGCAGGUGGUCCUGGCCCGUAAGCCCAAGAUGUGCAGCUUCCUCGAGUGGCGAGACCUCAAGGUGGUCUACAAAAGGUAUGCCAGCCUCUACUUCUGCUGUGCCAUCGAAGGCCAGGACAAUGAACUCAUCACCCUGGAGCUGAUUCACCGAUACGUGGAGCUGCUGGACAAGUACUUUGGCAGUGUGUGUGAGCUGGACAUAAUCUUCAACUUUGAGAAGGCGUAUUUCAUUCUGGACGAAUUCCUGAUGGGGGGCGAAGUGCAAGACACCUCCAAGAAGAGUGUCCUGAAGGCCAUCGAGCAGGCAGACCUCUUGCAGGAGGAGGACGAGUCUCCCCGAAGUGUCCUAGAGGAGAUGGGGCUGGCAUAGCUGGUCACCACCGAGGGAUCCAGGCUGUUGCUGCUCCUCACUGCCACAAUGCGCCCCUCCCACAGCUGCCCCAUGGCAUGAGAGGCAAGGGGUUGCCGCAGCCUGGGGCAGCCCACAAGGCCUUUGGAAGGCUCCGUUUCGUGGUGGGCUGAAGGAACCCACAAGCUGUACUUGUAAAUACCGGGUUCCCUAGUUCUUUGGAGAGGGGUGGCCUUUCAUGCCUUCCCCCUGUGCUCGGGAAGGCAUUUGCUGGGCUGGGGCUUUAACUCUUUGCCACUUUCCCCUCUGUUCGUCAUGCGGCCCCCGCUUCCCACUGAUCUGUUCACACCAGCAACGCGGCUCUUCCUCCUGCCCCCCCCAAACCUGUGACUCACCCAGUGCAGCACUUGACUGAUCGCGGGUGGCAGUGACGGUGCGACACUUUCCCGCUCACCCACCUCUUUCUGACUGUGGCUGGUGCUGGGGGGCAGUGGGAAAGGUCCUCCCCGUCACCAGCUGGACAGCAGCUUCCCCUUGUCUGCGUGAUGCCCUCCAGAGGGGGAGCCGGGCGGUGGGCGGUAUUUCUAGCCCUCCCUCUCCUCUUUUGUCAGGCAUGCUCUCUCCAGUCCAAGAGGAUUGGACAUGUCUUCCCUGGAUUUUUUGGAAUAAAGCGUGUGUGGGAGCUCCUGG